AAACGUGCUUAUAUAUAAAGAAAUAAACUCAGGCAAAAAUGAAUUCAGCCUACUCAAACAAGAUUUAUUCCAAUUCCAAACGAGUUAAUUUCUUGAAACAUUAACAGCAAUCUGCUGCCAUGGGCGGGUCUCUCUCUCUCUCUCACACACACACACACACAAAUCAGCGUCUGAGUAAGCGGAGCAUUGGGAAGAUUAAAGACAUACUUAUGAAAGCACUGGAUGACCUUGUUAAUGUGAACUCAAUAUUCACAGUAGCUGUCUUCCUGGGCUUAUCUUUUGCAUCUCCCACCGGGCUGCAUAGCCUUGAAGUUAACCGACCUGAAUGUGACCCAGACGUGAAGAUGGGGAAGCGACUGAUCAUGUAUGAAGUUGUGUCAUUUUCUAGCUUCCUCCUUUCGAGCCUGGUAGCAAAAUCACUCAAGAUUUAUCUCAGCAUUUUUUACCCCGACACAGAUACAUCAGAUUCGGAUAAUAAAGCCAAGGCUAGUUCAGAUGACAAGCUGUUUCACUCAGGCAGAGGCUUCAUGUUCGGAAUAUCAAUACUUGCGUCAGUUGUUGGAGUGUUGUUUUUAACAAUUUCGAUGAAGUACGUGGUUGAGAUAAAGGUAGGGAAGCUGUCCUGCGGGAUCCCUGAGACUUGGGCUUCUGUUAUUGCACUGUGUGUGUUAGUGGCUAUUGCUCUCUUUAUUUACUUACCCUUCAUGUCGAUUGCUCUAAUUUAUUGCAUGAUAGAGCCAUAAAAAUAUGGCAUAUAAAUUGUGGGAUAUAAUAUAUCUGGCAGACAGCAUAUAGGAUGUUGUUUCUCGGAUUGCUUUAAUUUGCAUAAUUGUCAUUGUAAAAUUUUACACCCUGCUAUUAAUAAAGCAACCUGCGUUGAUAUCAGUAAUUCCAA